AUGUAAAAAAUUGAACAACAACAUGAAUAAAAUUUUGAUUUAGAUCUUGAAUUAAAGGCUGUUCAAAACGAAGAUUUUGAAUAAGAGUAUUUAGAACAAUGUUUAAGGGAGACUAGACGAUAAUUAUCUCUUACAAAUCAAAUAUAGAGUCAAACUAAAAGUGAAAAAAGCAAUGAUGCAUAUGAUUUUAGAACACCAAAAAAUACGACUCAUCUUAAUCUAAAUAAUCUUCCAACAUCUGAUGUUUAAUAAAUUCACUUGUUAACUCCUAGUAAUAAAAAUCAAGAGAAAUAAAAAAAUACUGGCUCAAGCAUUAUGCAAUUAUUUUUUAUAAGACGUUUUUUGGAAAAGCUGACUGUUUAAAGAAAAAAAUUAGAAAAUUUAAAUGAUACUCAUCUUAAUCUUAUUGAUGAUAAGGCAUCUGAUAAGUAUGUGUUUUAAUAAUAUUAUAUAAUAGACACAUUUUAUAAGAAUAUAAACAAACAAAAACAUAAAAAGGUCUGACUAUUAACUAAUUAAAUAGAAUAGUAACAACCAAAAUUGAAAUAAAAGAAAAUAAAUGGGAUAAAUAUAAAUCUAUCUUAUAAGAUAGUAAGUAAAAUACAAUUAAACAAAUAAAAUUGAUUGUAAAUAAAAUUCCAUUGAUUUAACCAGAAAGUGAUUUUAAAUUGUAUUGGGAUAUAUUUGCAUCUCUUUUUAGAUUGAUUUUAGUAUUUUUAGUGCCUUUAGAAAUAUCAUUUACGACCUAAAUUCUAUUUAAAGAUUAUAUAGGAUUUACAAUAUCAAUAUUUAUCAUUUUGUAAAUAGAUUUAUUUAUGAGAAUAAAUACUUUAUGUUAUGAAAAUGGUAAGGCAAUUACAGAUAGAUGGGAAAUAAUUAUAAAAUAAUUGAAUAAAUCAUGGUUCACUGAUUUUUCAGUUAUUAUUGUGAUUAUUACAUUUCUAGCAAAUUCAAAUACUUAGGAUGGUUAUGAUUUAUUUCUUCUUGUUUUAUUAACUUAAUACAAACAUAUAUUUGAGGCAUUGUCUAAAAUUGAUUAAAUAUCAUAUUUUACAAGACCUUAAAGAGGAAUUAUUGGAUUAAUAAAGUUUUUAACUUCUUUACUAUAUAUAUUGCAUUUAUUUAGUUGUAUAUGGUUUUGGUUUAGUAGUUUAGAUAAAUCUAAUUCUUGGAUACUAAAUAAAGAAUUAAAUGGAUAGAGUUGGUAAUUAUAAUAUUUAGAAUCUAUUUAUUUUGCUAUAGUUACAAUGCUUACAAUAGGAUAUGGAGAUAAUGUUCCUAAAAAUUCAAUUGAAAAGAUUAUAGCUAUAAUUUUUAUUCUUGGUGCUUGUAAAAUAAGAUAUUUAUUAUUUAAGGUUUAUGGUUUUCUUAUAGUAUAAAUUUUAUUGGAGGAAUCAUGAAUGAUAUUACAUAAAAUUAAGUUGAGAGAAGUUAGAAAUUAAGAGUUAUCAAUAAAUAUAUGACAUAAAGAAAGAUCCCUUUUAGUCUUUAACAUAAGUAAAUAUAUGUAUUUAUAAUUUAAUUAGAGUAUAAGAAUAUUUAACAUAUAGAUGGAAAGAAGAUGAUGAAGUUGAUUUAGAAAUGGAAUAAUUAUUAUUAGAAUAAUUAUCAGAUGAAUUAAAAGAAGAAUUGGAAAAGUAAGCAAACAAAGUUUUUAUAAAAAAAUCAGAAUUAUUAUAGAAAUAUUUCUCAGCUGAAUUUAGAAAUGCUCUUUUUAAAUCAAUUAAACGUAAAAUUAUUCAACCAUAACAUAUUUUUUCAACAGAAAUUAAUGGUCAUUAAAAUCUUUGUUAUGUUGAAUAAGGUGUGAUAUUAUAUCAACAUAAAGAUAGAAAAUAAAGAUCAAAAAUGAAUGCUUAAAUUUAAUAAGGUUAAUUUUUUUGUGUAAAAGAGUUUAUAAUGCAAAAUCCAGAAUAUGAAUUAUUUAAAGCGUAAAGUUAUGUUAGUUUAUUAAUGCUAUCAAAAAUUGAUUUUUUAGAUACACUUAGAGAUUUUCCUAAUGAUUUCUAAAAAUAUUGUUAAUUAAGAGAUACUUAUUCUUUAUCAAAUGAAGAACUAUUGAUUUAAUAUGCUAACUUUUGUCCAGCAUGUAAUAAAUUUGAACACUCAUUAAAAAAUUGUGGUCAUAUUUAACUCAAAUUAAAUCAAGAAGUUAUUGUUAAAAAACAUAAUAUUAAUCAGGAAUAAAUUAGAUAAAAAUUUAGUAGAAAAUCUAUAGAUAAACCUAUAAAAACAAGAGCUGAAUUAACAUAUGUUUAAGAAUGUGCUUUAUACUUUUCCACUGACAAUUAGAAUCUUUUGAAUGAUCAAUCAAAACUUUAAUUAGUUUAUGAAUAAGAUUCUGAAUCUUGCUAAGGUAAUUCUGAAACUCAUAAUGUUUAUGAUGCAUUACCUUCAGUUAAUAUUUUAUAAAUUAAUGAUAUGUUUACAAGUAAUCAUAAAUCUCCUUAAACUAAAACACUUAAUAAAUUAGAUUUUGAUGAAGAAAAACCUAAAAUAAAAGAAGAUUUAACUAAAUCUAAUCUCUUAUCUACUUAAUAUGCUCGUAUUUUAAGAAGAACUUCAUAACCAUCCAAAUAACUUUAAAGAAAGAAUACUAGAUCUCAUUCUAUUCUUUUCUAAAUGAAUGAAAUUACUGAAGAAUUACAUGAAACUACUUUUCUAAUUCAUGAUAAUGAAUAAGCCAAAAAAGAUUAAUUAUUUUCUUAAAAUAUGAAGGACAAUAUACGAUGUCUCUAUAAUAAAUUACUUAGAAUAUAAGAGGAAAAAGAUAUUACAGUUAAAAAAGCUCUUAAUUCUUUGUAAUAUAUUUAUUGGAAACAAAAUGCAAUAACUUUAGAAGAUUUUGAAACAGUAUAAAAUUAUGAUUUUUAUUUCCCUUCAAAUAAUGUUAACCUUACUAUUGAUGCAGUUAAUAAAAAUUUACAUUAAUGGUAAUUUGAAAUUUUAAAUAAAUUCUAAAAAUAUUUAUACUAUCCAUUUUUAUUUAUAACUAAAUUUCUAAAGCUUAAAAGAUUAUAAUAAUAAGCUGAAGGAUAGAAUUUAGUUACAAAAUUUAAAAAAGCUUAAAAAAAAAUAUGGUUAAUUUAAUUAAGAAAUAAUCUAUCCUCUAAAAAAUUAAUUUCAUCAACAAAAAUAUCAAAAUCAAAGAUUAACUCAAUUGUUCCAUGCUCAUAAGAUAGUUUACCUUCAAUUUAAAUGAGUUCAAAUUGA